CAAGCGGGCGGACGGAGGCGCCGAGGGCGGGCCGAGGGCGGGCCGAGGGCGCCCGGCGCCGCCGGCGCAUCACUCUCACCAUGGACGCCAACGACACGGCCCGGAGCCCGGAGGCGCCGCCUGCCCCCGCCGCCACCGUCUUUCCCCGCGUGGGCUACAGCGUGCUGGCCUUCCUGAUGUUCAUCAAUACGGUGCUGAGCGUCUUCAACAACGGCCUGGUGAUCGGCGUGUCGCUGAGGAGCCCCGGCCUGCUGCGCCCCAUGAACGUCUUUGUCCUCAGCCUGGCCGUGUCCGACCUCAUGAUCGGCCUGUGCGGCUCGCUGGUGGUCACCGUCACCAACUACCACGGCUCCUUCUUCAUGGGGCGGGCCGCCUGUGUCUUCCAGGGCUUUGCCGUCAACUACUUUGGCCUGGUGUCGCUGUGCACGCUGACCCUGCUGUCGUACGAGCGCUACAAGGUGGUGUGCCGGCCCGGCGCCGGGCGGGAGCUGAGCAUGCGGCGCAGCGUGACGGGGCUCCUGUGCGUCUGGCUCUUCUGCCUAUUCUGGGCCGUGGCGCCGCUGUUGGGCUGGAGCGGCUACAGCCCCGAGGGCGUGCGCACGUCCUGCUCGCUGGCCUGGGAGGAGAGGUCGUGGAGCAACUACAGCUACCUCCUGCUCUACACGCUCACCUGCUUCGUCUUCCCGGUGGCCGUCAUCGUCUAUUGCUACGCCAAGGUGCUGGGCUCUCUGCGCAAGCUGAACCGGAGCGUGGAGCCGCAGGUGGGGCAUUCUUUGCGGCCGGAGACGCGGCGCGCCGCCGCCAUGGUCCUGGCCAUGAUCGUGGCCUUCUUUGCGUGCUGGCUGCCCUACACCGUCCUGUCGACGGCGGUGGUGCUGCGGCCGAGCCUGCGCAUCCCCCCGCUGCUGGCCACCAUGCCCAUGUACUUUGCCAAGACCAGCCCCGUCUACAACCCCGUCAUCUACUUCCUCUCCAACAAGCAGUUUCGCGAUGCCGCCCUGGAAAUGCUGUCCUGCGGUCGCUACAUCCCCCGCGGGUUGCCCGCCGCUGCAAUUGGCGUCGGCAUGCGACCCGUCAAUGGGAGGCGCCGGCCCGGCUUCUCCGGCGGGAUCAGCAGGCACGGCAAGGUGCGGCCUCUGUGACGCGUGCGUGCGUCUGUGCCGUGAGGAUGGAUGUAUGGAUGGAUGGAUGGAUGGAUGGAUGGAUGGAUGGAUGGAUGGAUGGACGGAUGGAUGGAUGGACGGACGGACGGACGGGCCAGACUGACAGCUGAGGAGCAGGCGGAGGACAAAGGAAGCGAGAUGGCAGGCCUUCUGCCGCACACUCCAGCCGUCCAAGACGGGCCGGCCGUCUGUCGCUCUCCUCACUUGGUCUUGUCCGUGACAGGCCACUUGUUUAGGCACGGCGCGCACUUGUCGCAACCAUUCUGGCUUUUGCAAAGAUCGUAAUGCUCUGCAAGCGGAAUCGCUUCCAAAGAAAUAGCUCUGUAUUCCCAAUAAAAACGGAGAAUGUACAGAAUCAAACUGCUCGGAUUAGGUGUCAUGGUGGCGUUAAGGGCCGUGCGUGGCUUAGUGACUAGCAUGGUUUGGCUGCUUCGUCUUGUGAGUGUUCUUAUUUUGGAUUUGUGCUUUGAGCAAAUAAAUGACUUUGCAUGGCUC